AUGUUAAUUGUUUCACCGGUGAUUUCUUCAUCUUCUCCGAGUGAGAAAAAAAAGAAUGAAUUAUUUCCGCAAUGUGCACGAACAAAACAAGUGGCUUAUCCAUUUUCAAAUAUUAAAACAUCGCAAUCAAUAGUUGAUUAUGAGGAACUAAAACGAUUACAACAACUUUCAACUGAUCCAAUUGAUAAAGUAGAAACGCAUGAUAUGUUUAUGAAACAUUAUUCAUCAGUAAUAAAACCUGCACCAAAACGAAAUUGGCUAUCUCGAAGUAAAAAUAAUGGAACAACAAAAAUGAUUGAAGCACCGCCAUUACAACAAGUUGAAAAUCAAUCAAUUUCAACACCUUUAGUAACAAAAUCAGGAGGACGAAAUCGAAAAGAAAUAACACCGAUGCAACGUGAUAUACAAACACUCCGACGGCUUCUAAGAAAAAUACAUAUUCAAAGAACAAAUGCUGAAAAUGAUGAAAUUUUUCAAAUAAUGUCUCAAUUUCCUGAAUUUAUGGCACUUGAUCAACGGCCAGAAAUACUUCGAGAAGCUAUAGAAUUAGCUCAUUUAGAUUUAUGUGAAGAAAAUCAACAACCAGUAUUGCCUUCAAAUGGUUACUUUUUUAUUUUAAAAGGUGGUGUUACUUCACCAUUGACUACUUCGGAACUUCCACCCUUAUCAUCUCACAUACCUCCAGAACCCCUUACUGUGGGACAAAGUUUUGGUUCAUUAAAACCAGCAGAAGGAAGAUCGAAAGCUACGUGGUUGAUAACUACUGAUGAAAAUAGUGAAUUUCUUAAAAUUAAUAAAGAUCAAUUUCUAACAAUUAAAACAAAAUUCGAACAAGCUGAAUAUCAAGAAAAAUGUUCAUUAGUUUGUUCAUGUGGUGAAUAUAAAGCAUGGUCUAAACAAAUCAUAGAUGAACUUCUUCAUUUAAUUGAAUGGAUUGAUUAUCCACAGAAUACAAGUAAAUUUUUCUUUCAAAUAAUAUCUAUUAUACAAAAUUCUUCGUAUGUUUAG